CUGGCCACGCCUGUCCUCUGAUGUGGUGGUGGCUGAGACCAGGGCCGUGAAGGCACCAUUAAUGUGAGUCACAUGACAGGCCAGCCUCUCCGACUGAUCUGAUACACAUCUAAUAAUCAUGCCGACCACACAGCAGUCUCCCCAGGAUGAGCAGGAGAAGCUUCUAGAUGAAGCUGUUCAGGCUGUCAAGGUCCAGUCUUUCCAGAUGAAGCGAUGCCUGGACAAGAACAAGCUGAUGGAUGCUCUGAAGCAUGCCUCUAACAUGCUGGGUGAGCUGAGGACCUCCAUGCUUUCCCCAAAGAGCUACUACGAGCUCUACAUGGCCAUCUCUGAUGAACUCCACUACCUGGAGGUUUAUCUGACGGAUGAGUUUGCCAAAGGACGCAAGGUGGCAGAUCUCUAUGAGCUGGUCCAGUAUGCAGGGAACAUCAUCCCCAGACUCUAUCUGUUAAUCACGGUGGGUGUGGUGUACGUUCGCUCCUUCCCCCAGUCUCGUAAGGACAUUCUGAAGGACCUGGUCGAGAUGUGUCGGGGUGUCCAGCACCCGCUCAGGGGCCUCUUCCUCAGAAACUACCUGUUGCAGUGCACUCGCAACAUACUGCCAGAUGAUGGAGAGCAGUCAGAGGGAUCAGAGGAGAUGACUGGUGACAUCAAUGACUCCAUCGACUUUGUCCUGCUGAACUUUGCUGAAAUGAACAAGUUAUGGGUCCGAAUGCAGCAUCAGGGUCACAGCCGAGACAAAGAGAAGAGAGAAAAGGAACGACAAGAACUUAGGAUCCUGGUGGGAACCAACCUGGUUCGCCUCAGCCAGCUGGAGGGCGUCAAUGUGGACAAGUACAAACAGAUCGUUCUUCCUGGAGUGCUGGAGCAGGUUGUGAACUGCAGAGACUCGUUGGCUCAGGAGUAUCUGAUGGAGUGCAUCAUUCAGGUUUUCCCAGAUGAGUUCCACCUUCAGACCCUGAACCCUUUCCUGCGUUCCUGUGCUGAGCUUCAUCAACACGUCAAUGUCAAGAACAUCAUCAUCGCCCUCAUUGACAGACUUGCUCUGUUUGCUCAUCGAGAAGAUGGCCCUGGUAUUCCAGCUGAGAUCAAACUGUUCGACAUCUUCUCUCAACAAGUGGCCACUGUCAUCCAGUCUCGCCAGGACAUGCCAUCAGAGGACGUGGUCUCUCUCCAGGUCUCUCUCAUUAAUUUGGCCAUGAAAUGUUACCCUGAACGUGUGGACUAUGUAGAUAAGGUCCUGGAGAGCACUGUGGAAAUAUUCAACAAGCUCAACUUGGAACACAUCGCGACCAGCAGCGCAGUGUCGAAGGAACUUACCCGACUGUUGAAGAUCCCGGUGGACACCUACAACAACAUCCUGACGGUGCUGCAGCUCAAGCACUUCCCACCACUGUUCGAGUACUUUGACUAUGAGUCGCGCAAGAGCAUGAGCUGCUAUGUGCUGAGCAACACACUGGACUACAACACCACCAUUGUGGCACAGGAACAGGUGGACGCCAUCUUGAAUUUGGUAUCCACGCUGAUUCAGGACCAGCCAGACCAGCCAGCGGAUGAUCCAGACCCUGAGGACUUUGCCGAGGAGCAGAGCCUUGUGGGUCGUUUCAUCCAUCUGCUCCACUCUGAAGAUCCAGAUCAACAGUACCUUAUUCUGAACACAGCCCGAAAACACUUUGGAGCGGGUGGAAACCAAAGGAUUCGCUACACACUCCCUCCUCUGGUGUUCGCUGCCUACCAGCUGGCCUUCAGAUACAAGGAAAACUCCUCAUUGGAUGACAAGUGGGAAAAGAAGUGUCAGAAGAUCUUUUCCUUCGCCCAUCAGACCAUCAGUGCACUUAUCAAGGCUGAGCUUGCUGAGCUGCCUCUUCGGCUCUUCCUGCAGGGGGCACUGGCUGCCGGCGAGAUUGGCUUCGAGAACCAUGAGACUGUAGCGUAUGAGUUCAUGUCACAGGCCUUUUCUCUGUAUGAGGAUGAGAUAAGUGACUCCAAAGCCCAGUUGGCAGCCAUCACACUGAUCAUUGGUACCUUUGAGCGGAUGCGUUGUUUCAGUGAGGAAAACCACGAGCCGCUGAGGACUCAGUGUGCGCUGGCUGCCUCCAAGCUGCUGAAGAAGCCUGACCAGUGCCGAGCUGUCAGUAUCUGCGCCCAUCUCUUCUGGUCGGGUCGCAGCACUGACAAAAAUGGUGAAGAGAUCCGCGAUGGUAAGCGGGUGAUGGAGUGUCUAAAGAAAGCCCUGAAGAUUGCCAACCAGUGCAUGGACCCGUCACUGCAAGUCCAGCUUUUCAUUGAAAUCCUCAACAGAUACGUCUGCUUCUACGAGAGGGAAAACGAUGCGGUGACUGUCCAGGUAUUAAACCAGCUGAUCCAAAAGAUCAGGGAAGAUCUUCCCAACCUGGAGGCGAGUGAGGAAACGGAGCAGAUCAACAAACACUUCCACAAUACACUGGAGCAUCUUCGCCUGCAGAGGGAAUCCCCUGAGUCUGAGGGCCCUGCCUAUGAGGGCCUGGUCCUUUAAAACUACUGCAGGUCGGAAGGAUGUGAAGUCCAUCCCUAGAUGUUUCACUAUAUUAUGAAUAUGAAACUACACACACUCACAAGGACACACAAAGGCGAGGAAUAAAAAUAAACAUCAAGAAAUGCUAAAAGAACUCAGUCCUUCAUUUUUAAAAUCAUCAUUAUUAUUAUUAUUAUUAUUAUUAUUAUUAUUAUUAUUAUUAUUAUUAUUAUAAUUCGUUUUUUCUGCAUCAUUUCCUCCUCACUGUCCCUCAACAGCAGAACUGUUUUCUGCAACAGGUUGGAGAUGUUACAUUUUAAGAAACGUGUGUCAGCAACAGUGUACUUAGCUUCAAUUUGCACUUGUGGCAAGUCUUAGGCAUCAUUCCUUUAUGAAUCCAUACUUGACCUUUAACCUGCAUCACUUUAUCGUCGAUAGUAGACUAACUAGCUGUGAUAGGUGUAUACACUGAGCCAUCGACCCCUCACCUGUUCGCAUCUUUCCAUACUGAGAAGUGGAUAUAUUAGCUGAGUGUAUAAAGGCUACAGAACAUAGUAGUGGUGUCACAGCUGUGAAAAACAUGAGCUAGUUUCCAAACCUGAAUAAUCAAUAACUCUGCUGUUGUUUAGGAUUUGGCUUUGUGGCUUUGUAAACAGGUUGGGACCAACCGAGCUGAAGACCACACAAACUUUGGCCCCACAGACCCACUGACCCCCCAAAACAACACAAACCAUGUUGUUCCCAUUAAAAAAAAAACUGGUGAAUCUUUUUAGAACAGAGCAUCUUUUCAUCUUGUCGGACUUUGACUGUGGGAGCUUCAGUUAAUAAUUGUGCGAGCGUUGCAUGUCCCUCGGUUCUUACGCCAUCUCUCGUGGGCUGCAAAGAAAAUGACAACCUCACGAGUCCAGUCAUGUGUAUGUGGGAAAACGUGCAUAUUUUUCAUAUGAUCCCAUCCUCUCCCACUUCAGCAGCGCUUCUUUUUAAUAACAUGGGAUUGUCUCUCCAUCUCUGUGCACUCCAUGUCAUAUGUAUGAGGUGGAUUGACACGUUCUGAACUGCAGCAUGUGUUUGCAUGCUUUAGUGUGCUUGUACCAUAAGGCCUGGUGUCAAUGUCAAUUUGCUCUACAUGCCACCAACUACAAUGUCUGACUUUUUGUCCAAAUUUUGUUCAUUAAUGAAACCCUGUUGCUUGGUGACACUGUCCUUUCAGAUGAGCGUGUGGCGAGGAGGGGGGGGUGUAGGGUGCGGUGUGCAGCGAUUCCUCAGGAUUGUAUGCCUGACAAGUUGCCAUACUGAGUACGUAAUGAUGUACAGGUUUGUGUGUAAGACUUUGGAAUUAUUUGCUGCAGCAUCUGAUGUGUGUCUGCUGAUCUCUCCCUCUCUUUUUUCUUUUUUUUUUUAGCUCUUGUUGAUUUGUUGAAGGCGGUUUCACCAAAUUCUCUCCCUUUUUGAAUCUGUUUGAACCCACUUGUAAAUCGGAUAAAGAAAAAAAAAAGCAGAUUAAAUAGCAAUUAUCAUCGUCAUUUACUGAAAUAAAACUGAAAUUAACAAUAAAUAUUUGCAUUUUGUUAAUUU